GAGGAGGUGUCCGUCUCUUUCACGGAGGCAGAGUGGGCCCUGCUGGAUCCGAGACAAAGAGCUCUGUACAGGGAAGUCAUGCUGGAGAACUAUAGGAAUGUGGACUCUCUGGCAAAGGAUGAUCAGAAGAAUGAGGAGGGUGAGGAACUACAGCUGCGUUUGCCAGAUGAAGUUAUUAAUAAAGACUCGAAAGGAAAUGUAAGGAAUCGAGGCAGACCCAAGAGAAAGAAGGACAGCCAUUUUGUUGAGAAGAGAUAUGGAAGAAAGCGUAAUGAACAUUUUCCCAAGCACAAUAGAAUGGAGAUGAGUCAGUCCAUUAAGUAUGGAAAGGACAUCAGAUAUAGAUCACAGCUUCUAGUGAACCAAAGAAGAGAAAAACAAGAUAAAUCUUUUGAAAGCUCGGAGUGUGGAAAGAAAUUCAAUCAGAAUGGCAAGCUUCAGCAGUGUCAAAGAACUCACAAAGAGGAUAAACUGUUUGAAUGCACAGUAGGUGGAAAGAAAUUCGGGUUCAAUGGCAAUCUUCAGCAGCAUCAAAGAACCCACACAGGAGAGAAACCUUUUGAAUCCACAGAGUGUGGAAAGAGGUUCAGUCGGCGUGAACAUCUUCAAGAACAUCAAAGAACUCAUACAGGGGAGAAACAUUUUAAAUGCACAGAUUGUGGAAAGAGAUUCAGUCAGAGUAGCACUCUUCACCAACAUCAGAGAACCCACACAGGGGAGAAACCUUUUGCAUGUUCAACAUGUGGAAAGACAUUCAGUCAGAGUGGCAACCUUCAACUGCAUCAGAGAACCCACACAGGGGAGAAACCUUUUGAAUGCACAGAGUGUGGAAAGAGAUUCAGUCAGAGUGGCCAUCUUCAAAAGCAUCAGAGAACCCACACAGGGGAAAAAACUUUUGAAUGCACAGAGUGUGGAAAGAAAUUCAGUCGUAGCAGCAAUCUUCAAAAGCAUCAGAGAACCCACACAGGAGAGAAACCUUUCGAAUGCUCAGAGUGUGGAAAGAGAUUCAGUCACAGUGGCACUCUUCAAAAGCAUCAGAGGACCCACACAGGAGAGAAACCUUUUGCAUGCUCAGCGUGUGGAAAAAGAUUCAGUCACAGCAGCACUCUUCAAAAGCAUCAGAGAACCCACACAGGAGAGAAACCUUUUGCAUGCUCAGAAUGUGGAAAGAGAUUCAGUCAGAGUAGCCAUCUUCAAAGGCAUCAGAGAACCCACACAGGAGAGAAACCUUUUGAAUGCACAGAGUGUGGGAAGAGAUUCCGUGACAGUGGCACUCUUCAAAAACAUCGGAGAACCCACACAGGGGAGAAACCUUUUGAAUGCACAGAGUGUGGAAAGAGAUUCAUUCAGAGUGACAAUCUUCAACAGCAUCAGAGAACCCACACAGGAGAGAAACUUUUUGAAUGCUCAGAAUGUGGAAAGAGAUUCAGUCACAGUGGCAAUCUUCAAAAGCAUCAGCGAACCCACACAGAAGAGAAACCUUUUGAAUGCUCAGUAUGUGGAAAGAUAUUCAGUUACUGUGGCAGCCUUCAGCUACAUCAGAGAACCCACACAGGAGAGAAACCUUUUGAAUGCUCAGAAUGUGGAAAGAGAUUCAGUCAGAGUGGCACUCUUCAACAGCAUCAGAGAACCCACACAGGGGAGAAACCUUUUGAAUGCUCAGAAUGUGGAAAGAGAUUCAGUCAGAGUGGCAACCUUCAACAGCAUCAGAGAACCCACACAGGGGAGAAACCUUUUGAAUGCACAGAGUGUGGAAAGAGAUUCAGUCAGAGUGCCACUUUUCAACAGCAUCAGAGAACCCACACAGGGGAGAAACCUUUUGAAUGCACAGAGUGUGGAAAGAGAUUCAGUGACAGUGGCAGUCUUCAGAAGCAUCAAAGGACCCAUACAGGAGAGAAACCUUUUGCAUGCUUAACGUGUGGAAAGAGAUUCAGUCACAGUAGCAGUCUUAAAGAGCAUCAGAGAACCCACACAGGAGAGAAACCUUUUGCAUGCUCAGAGUGCGGAAAGAGAUUCAGUGACAGUGGCAGUCUUCAAAAGCAUCAAAGGACCCAUACAGGGGAGAAACCUUUUGCAUGCUCAACGUGUGGAAAGACAUUCAGUUGGAGUGGCAGUCUUAAAAACCACCAAAGAACCCACACAGGAGAGAAACCUUUUGCAUGCUCAGCGUGUGGAAAGAGAUUCAGUCACAGCAGCACUCUUCAACAGCAUCAGAGAACCCACACAGGGGAGAAACCUUUCGAAUGCUCAGAGUGUGGAAAGAGAUUCAGUAAGAGUGACCAUCUUCAAAAGCAUCAGAGAACCCACACAGGAGAGAAACCUUUUGAAUGCACAGAGUGUGGAAAGAGAUUCAGUCAGAGUGACAGUCUUCAACAGCAUCAGAGAACCCACACAGGAGAGAAACCUUUUGAAUGCUCAGAGUGUGGAAAGAGAUUCAGUCACAGUGGCAGUCUUCAAAGGCAUCAAAGGACCCAUUCAAUAAAGAAACCUUUUGCAUGCUCAACGUGUGGAAAGAGAUUCAGUCGGAGUGGCCAUCUUCAAAAGCAUCAGAGAACCCACACAGGAGAGAAACCUUUUGAAUGCUCAACGUGUGGAAAGACAUUCAGUCAGAGUGGCACUCUUCAAAAGCAUCAAAGGACCCAUACAGGAGAGAAACCUUUUGCAUGCUCAACGUGUGGAAAGACAUUCAGUCAGAGUGGCACUCUUCAAAACCACCAAAGAACUCACACAGGGGAGAAACCUUUCGAAUGCUCAGAGUGUGGAAAGAGAUUCAGUAAGAGUGACCAUCUUCAAAAGCAUCAGAGAACCCACACAGGAGAGAAACCUUUUGAAUGCACAGAGUGUGGAAAGAGAUUCAGUCAGAGUGACAGUCUUCAACAGCAUCAGAGAACCCACACAGGAGAGAAACCUUUUGAAUGCUCAGUAUGUGGAAAGAGAUUCAGUCUGAGUGGCAACCUUCAACUGCAUCAGGGGACCCACACAGGGGAGAAACCUUUUGAGUCCUUAGAGUGUGCAAAGGGAUGA